AUGCGGUGUGUCGAAUCCAUUGCCAUGCAAGGAAUAAUGUUUAGCCAGGUGAGCCGGCGGUUCCUUAGUGUCUCCCCUCGUCUCAACAUGACUUUCGAGGGUAAUAAAGAGGGACUAGCAGGUACUGCAGAAGAAAGAAUGUCACAUAUCUUUGGUGCUGGUAGAUUAAGAGGUGAACCACCAAAGUCAUCAAGUAGAAGAAUAAGAGGUGAAAGCAGAUUGAUUGCGGGUGUUCAAGUGCCAUCAAGGCCCGUUGAACCUGAUAAUUGUUGCAUGUCAGGUUGUAUAAACUGCGUUUGGGAGCUGUUUAACGAUGAUAUAAGAGAGUGGAGACGCAGGAGGAAAGAAGCAGCUCAGAGAAUUAAGGACACUGAGGAUAUUUGGCCAAGAGAUUGGAGUCCACCCUUACCGUAUUUAAGUUUAAAGAAUGUACCUGAGUCCCUGAAGACUGAAAAGAUUCAUAUGGAUAGACAGCGAAAGAACCAAAAACAAAAGAAUAUUAGCACUGCAAGUCUUUUCCCUCAAAGAGAAGGGCCUUUGCCAAAAACUGUUCAAGAGGCCAAGAGAAGAAACUUACAGGAGAGGGAAAAAGAGCCAGAAAAACAAGAGGCUACAGAUACUUCGAAGGGAAGUAGCAGUGAAGAACCUAUUUAUGACGAUGAUGAUGGUUGGCAAAAUGUUCCAGUUUACAUUAGAGCUUUUGCGGAAUUUGAAAGAACCAAAAAGCUUCAAAGGUUGCAGGCACAAGAACAGAACCAAACUUAG